AUGGGGAAAGCCGGGCGAAAGCACUUCUACCUCAUCAAUCCGCCUGAGCUAUACAGGGGCAUGUAUCAUGACUACUGGGAGCCGGAUGUGAGCGCAAUGGCAAGGCAACAUGGCGCAUGGCAUAAGAGAUUCGAGGAUCGGCUGAGUGCUCAGUACUUCGCGGUUCAUGGGCAUGAAAGCUCAUGGCUGGAUGCGGCCCGAGAGUUGUUGGAGCGCACCUCCGGAACCACGACAAUGUUGGCUGGGAACGCAUCUCAUCCGGAAGAGGAAAGGCGCUGGGUUUAUGCCAUCCAUAAACCUACAAAGCUCCAGAAUGUGUACCCUGUGUUAGUCAACGAGAGGCCUUUACUGGAGCUGGGAGCCACACAUCAGGGAUUUUUCGACUUGGAGCAAGCAUGGUACUUGAUGGUACAUGGGCACAUAAGAGAUAGUGGACCGCCACUUUGCGUAUGGUGUGAGGUGGAAUCACAACAUGACAGCGCAGAAGAACUGCUCAAGGUGCAAAUGGAAAGAUGGAUACGAAGAAGGAAGGAAUGCACAGAGACUGUCGAAUUCGAAAAGAUUGAUCACUCAGCGCGUGCUGAACCAGGCGAAAGCUUUGGUCAGUACUACGCUGUGGAAGAGGCCAAGAAGCAGGUCGAGGGCUUCAGUAGCACCGAGUACCACAAGUUCCGGAACCGCGCGUCUGCAGUCAGAUAUCUCCGUUCGAGCGGCCUCCCCGAUAACCAGAUACGUCUGUUCCGCAAGACGUUCACUUCACAGCCGAACUUUACGCCAAACCCAAAGGCGAAAUUCAAGAAAGAAUUCAAGCGCCUAACAGCAAUAGAAGCUCGUAGAGCUAGGGUCGAUGCUAUUCGGGAUGAAACAAUUGGACACUUCCUUCCAGACGGCGUACGCACCAGUGCAGAGCAGGACGACGACGAUGGCUAUAUGGAUCUCGACGACGACCAGACAUUGGAGAUAGACCUGGCCAUGUACCGAAAAGCAGGCAAAACCACCCGAGAUAGGCCCGACCAGAAUAUUUACGACCGCAUUGACCUAUGCCUCAUAACACUCAAGGACAACCCGUACGUCAACAUCCUCGAUUUAGUCGACACGUAUCGUACAGGCAGGCCGAUUUGCACGUUUGACAACUGGAAUGAGUUCAAGAGGUAUACCCUCAGAGGACGACGGAUGGACAUGGAGGUGGCAAACCAGAAUGAGGUCCUCGCCCCUUUGCUGCAAGACUUCCGCAGAGUAGCCGAUCAGGACGGGGAUAUGUCGCCUCCUACGUCGCCAAUCCAUGUGUCUGUAUCUCCCUCGCCCACUCCGCAAACUUCGCCUGAGAACUGUGACGCUGCACGAAUCGAAACUGAACCAACAACAAACGCGGUUUCUGGCUCUGUUGCUAUAGAGCCGCGGCUUUCCACCCCUUUAUCAGAUUACGAUACACUUCCCAGUCGCGAGAUGCCCGUAAUCGAAGGGGCAACGUCGACUCCAGCUCCUACAAUACUUCCUCCAAGCGAUGCCACUUUGACGGAUGCUGUUCCUGAGGCGCCUGUCUCAAGACCUGCUACCCAGGUGAUCGAUCUGACUCAAGACGAUGAACCAAGCCAACCUCCCAGGCUUGGUUCAAGGACUCUAGCGAAGGCUUCUUCACUUGGGAAACGUCCGCGCGCAAGUUCGCCUCGGGUUGUGGUGCCCGCGAAGAGGGCGUGUCUGGGCACGAGUACGGACUACGCCUUUUACCCUGAGCUUCCUCUAGUACAGCGUGAUAUCAGGCAUAUCUUUAGACCCUCAAUACUGGCGUAG